UUCCUUUGGAAGCCUAUGAAAUACGAUGGGAGGGGAAACUUCUGCUCCUUAGAGGAGCCCACCACGCAUGCGUACUGACGUUCCUUUGGAAGCCUAUGAAAUACGACGGGAAGGCCCGCCGCGCAUGCGUACUGGCGCUCCUUUGAAAGCCUAGGAUAGGCGACGGAAGGGGGAGCUCCCGCUCCUUAGAGGAGUGCGCCGCGCAUGCGUACUGGCGCUCCAUUAGAAGCCUAUGCUUUGAAUCAGUGAUAUGUUGGUGAGACGUUUGUCCCAUUCUAUCCUUGGUGGAUUUUAAGAGGCUCUUUGAUUGCAGGUGAACUAUACAUCCCAAAUGCCAAGGACUAUUUUCCCCAACUUCCAACAGUGUUCAAGUUUGGGCAUAUUGAGUAAGUUUGGUCCAAAUCCAUCAUUGUUUGAGUCCACAGUGCUUUCUGGAUGUAGAUGAACUACAACUCCCAAGCUCAAGCCUCAGGUUCCGUCUGUGCUGCAAUGGAACAGAACCCAAGAACCCACUGAUGUCACACAAGACGCGACCCACCAUUCCGAAAGAUGGGAGAGCACCAACAUCGCUGAGCCGUAGACAUGGAGUAUCAGCUCAUCCACACCAAGUUCUUGGCCCAGAAAUACUUGAACAAACCUUUGCUGUACAAAAGGCAUCCAAAACCCUACCGGGCUCUUUUGGGCGGAGAAACCCACCCAACGCCACUCUUCCCUGACAUCCAUCCUGGAAAACAAAGCAAAGCUCCUACGGAAGGUCGGCUGCAGUUUGUAAUGAACGUUGACAGCCCAGGACCUGCAGCUUAUCCACCCCCCGUCGUGAACUGCAGGGAAAGCAAUGCUCCGGCCUAUACUUUUGGGUGGAAAACACCUCCGAAAGGUACAGGGAAUGGAAAAGAUGGGAGUGUUACGAUGUUUUCCAUGUUUUCCAUUAGCAGAGAAUAUCCCAUAUAUCGUCUCCCCAAUGCUUUUAAUUGUUAUUUCAUUUUAGAUGGCGCUGGCCGCCGGUCCUGGCAAAAAUCCUGGUUCCAGAGCAAGAACCCUUUUAACAGGAAAACUGAUUAUACUCAGGAAACAAAUUGGCCGUCUCCUUUCGACUAUGGACCAACUUUGGGAUCCAUGCUGGUCAACCGGCCCACCAGUCCCAAUUUCACCAUGGGUCGCAAGGGGGAGUUCUCUUGGGUCAACAAAACGACAGUGGAUGACCCAGCACCCAACAGAUACAACACAGACCGGGCCUACAAGCAUGUGCUGUUCCGGUCGCCUUCCUUCAUCAUGGCUCCGGCCCAACACAUUGUGUUUGGAUGGGCAAAAAAAGGUCAAGAUCUAUAUAUAUAUAAAAGAGUGAUGGAAUCCUUCUAUAUAUAUAAGAGUGAUGGAAUCCUGGCGACCGCCAAAACAACAAAACUAAACACCCCACAACCUCGAAAAUUGACAACACAACCCAUCAUCCAUGCCUCUAGGUUGAUACAACAAAAAGAAAAGAAAAAUAAAGUCCUAAUUAGAGGGAGAGGAAGAAUUGUUUUUAUCCAAUUGCUGCCAGUUAGAAGGCUAAGCUGCGCCCACUUGGUCUCCUAGCAACCCACUCACCCAGGGGACAGUCAGAGUUAGGCCUCACUAAGGCCUCUUCCACACUGCCUAUAAAAUACAGAUUAUCAGAUUUUAACUGGAUUAGAUGACAGUGUAGACUCAAGGCCCUUCCACACAGCUAUAUAACCCAUAUAAUCUUAUAUUAUCUGCUUUAACUGGAUUAUCUGGACUCCACACCUUUACCCUUUACCUUAACUACCACCCAUUCCUCAAUACUUUAUUUCCCAUACCACCAGACUUCGCCACAGCAACGCGUGGCCAGGCACAGCUAGUAUUUUUAUAAAUGUUCCUGAAUUACUUUUCCUUCAAACAAGGAGUAGGAAGCACCUACUACAGUUGAUGUUAUACAUUUAGAAGGUUAUAUAUUCCAUCACUGGUCAAGACAACAGCUUUUCUUGUUAUUGGAAAUGGUUUUGCCAUUUGUUUACAUUCUCUUUUAGUAUCUAUAUAUUUUAAGAGUUGUACAUUAAUUUCGCUCCGGUGGCGAAGUGUGUUAAAGCACAGAGCUGGAGACCAAAAGGUCCCAGGUUCAAACCCCGGGAGCGGCAUGAGUGGCCGCUGUUAGCUCCAGUUCCUGCCAACCUAGCAGUUCGAAAACAUGCAAAUGUGAGUAGAUCAAUAGGUACCGCUCCGGCUGGAAGGUAAUAUCUCUCCUUGCAAUUGGCUACAUGACCUUGGAGGUGUCUAUGGACAACGCCAGCUCUUCGGCUUAGAAAUGGAGAUGAGCACCAUAGAAUCAUAGAAUAGUAGAGUUGGAAGAGACCUCAAGGGCCAUCUAGUCCAACCCCCCGCUAAGAAGCAGGAAAUCGCAUUCAAAGCACCCCCGACAGAUGGCCAUCCAGCCUCUGCUUAAAAGCCUCCAAAGAAGGAGCCUCCACCACGGCCCGGGGGAGAGAGUUCCACUGCCGAACAGCCCUCACCGUGAGGAAGUUCUUCCUGAUGUUCAGGUGGAAUCUCCUUUCCUGUAGUUUGAAGCCAUUGUUCCGUGUCCUAGUCUGCAGGGCAGCAGAAAAUAAGCUUGCUCCCUCUUCCCUAUGACUUCCCCUCACAUAUUUGUCCAUGGCUCUCAUGUCUCCUCUCAGCCUUCUCUUCUGCAGGCUAAACAUGCCCAGCUCUUUAAGCCUCUCCUCAUAGGGCUUGUUCUCCAGACCCUUAAUCAUUUUAGUUGCCCUCCUCUGGACGCUUUCCAGCUUGUCAGCAUCUCCCUUCAUCUGCGGUGCCCAAAACUGGACACAGUGUGAUUCCAGGUGUGGUCUGACCAAGGCAGAAUAGAGGGGGAGCAUGACUUCCCUGGAUCUAGACGUUAUUCCCCUAUUGAUGCAGGCCAAAAUCCCAUUGGCUUUUUUAGCUGCCGCAUCACAUUGUAGGCUCAUGUUUAACUUGUUGUCCACGAAGACUCCAAGAUCUUUUUCGCACACACUGCUGUCAAGCCAGGCGUCCCCCAUUCUGUAUCUUUGAUUUCCAUUUUUUCUGCCGAAGUGAAGUAUCUUGCAUUUGUCCCUGUUGAACUUCAUUUUGUUAGUUUCGGCCCAUCUCUCUAGUCUGUCAAGAUCGUUUUGAAUUCUGCUCCUGUCUUCUGGAACCAACCCCAAGUCAGACAUGACUGGACUUAACGUCAGGGGAAACCUUUACCUUUUUAAUGUUAUGAUAUCUCCAUUAUUAUUAUUGGAAGGAUACGUAAGCACAUUUACAUUGGUUAGAAUAACGGCUCAAUCAGAGUUGGGACAGUCUUAUCUUAAAUUAGUUUUAUGUAAAUAUUCAAAAACUACCUACUGAUGCCUCAAUUAAUGUAAUUUUAUUUAUAUCUAUUUUUAAUUUGGUAUUGACCAGUAGCUGCGCCAUUUCCCACCCUCAGCCUUUUCCUUUACUUUACAUUAAUUGUACAAGUAGUCUCACUUAUCCAAGCUAAACGGGCCGGCAGAACCUUGGAUAAGCGAAUAUGUUGGAUAAUAAGGGGGGAUUAAGGAAAAGCCUAUUAAACA